CAUUUCCCUUACUCGUCUCCCCUUCAUCUCCAUCUUUAAUUCUUCCCUUCUUCAAUUCAAGCUGUAAACAUUCUGUAAACCCCACUUUACUCCCACUGAAUAAAUUUCGCUCAUAUUCCAUAUUUAAGUAUAUCUUUCUGUGUUUUCCUUUUUUCUUUUAUAUCUGGAUCAAUAAGGGGUUGAAGUUAAACAACAAUUGAUGCUGACAAGAAGCGAACUUAUAAUGUCAAGGCAUCCACAGUAACUUAAGUAUCGUUGAAAUUUAAAAGUGUAUAUAUAUAUCGUUAACAAGAAGUUUAAAAAUAAAGGGAAAACGAGAAAAUGCCAAGGCAUAGUUAUAGGGGUUUGAUGGAAGGGCUAAUGGUGCCCCCUAAGACCCGGAAAAGGGAAUGCUCAUCACCCUCGUCUUCAUCAUCAAGAAUUCGCAGUAACAGAUUGAAUAAGCGGGCCAUUUUGGUGGGAAAGAAUCGGUUGGGGCUUGGGAUCGGGUUGGGAGGAUCCAGAUCCGGUACCCCGGUGCCCACAUGGAGAACUACUCCUUUGAGGAGCACCAUUGACAUUGAGUCUCCUAGGUAUUCACAAAGUGGGAUGUCCACUCAACCGGUGUCGGCUCGGAAACUUGCAGCUACUCUGUGGGGAAUGAAUGAGAUGCCUUCACCCAAAAUGAGUGAGAGUAAUUUGGAGCUAAUGCAGCAGCAGAGGAAGAAUGGCAGCAGUAAAAUGAUGCUUAAGCGGGAUAAAAUGCGGUCUGGAUCGGGUUUGCACUCAAGUUCUGGUUCUUUGCCGCCACAUUUGUCCGAUCCAUCUCAUAGCCCGACUAUCUCCGAGAGAAUGGAUCGUUCUGGAAAGGGUCAUCAAAGGAGGACACCAUCAAUUGUCCAGAGGCUUACAUCUACAGGGGAAAAUGCUGGAGCUUUUGAUUCACUAAGCAACGGUAGUUUUAUGGAGAUUGAGACUCGGUCUCGAGCCGAGACUCAAAGUGGAUCAAUAGGUGGUGCUAAGAAUCGUCUUAAGGAUAUUAGCAAUGCUUUGACCACAUCUAAAGAGCUACUGAAAAUUAUCAAUCGCAUUUGGGCUCGUGCAGAUCAACCUUCAUCUAGCAUGUCCCUUAUCUCAGCGCUUCAUGCUGAGCUCGAGAGAGCUUGUCUGCAGGUUAAUCAGCUUAUCCAAGAACAACGUUCGGACAAAAAUGAAAUUGACCAUCUCAUGAAGUGUGUUGCAGAAGAAAAGGCAGCAUGGAAAAUUAAAGAGCAGCAAACUGUUGAGUCUGCUAUCGAGUCAAUUGCUGGUGAAUUAGACGUAGAACGGAAGCUAAGACAUCGAUUUGAGAAUUUGAACAAGAAACUUGGAAAAGAACUAGCAGAAAUGAAAUCAUCAUUCAUGAAAGCUGUUAAAGAACUGGAAAGUGAGAAGAGAGCAAGAGAAAUAACGGAACAGGUAUGCGAUGAAUUAGCUCGGAAUGUUGAUGAAGAUAGUGUUGAAGUGAAAAGGGAGUCUACAAAAGUUCACAAAGAUGUUGGGAAGGAAAGAGAGAUGCUAUGGUUAGCUAAGGAGUUGCGUGAGGGAAGAGUCCAGGUGAAAAACUACAAGUCUAAACGCCAAUUUGAAGAGAAAAGUUCUGCCGUUAACAAGUUGAAGAAACAACUGGAAGCUUUCCUCGGAUCAAAAAAGGGCAAAGAUGAAGAAAAAGCAGCAUAUUUGAGUCAGUCUCACAUUGGUUUGUGUCAGAAUGAAGAAGAUGAUGGAGAAGUCGAGGAUGCCAUAGACGACAAAGAAGAUUCUGCAGAGAGUGAUCUUCAUUCAAUUGAAUUGAACAUGGACCACAGUAAUGGAAUCUACGAAAAGGCUUAUAACUCCAUUGCUAGUCAUGAGUCUAGAAGAUUACCCAUUGACGAUGAAAUCAAAGGGAGGAACUCAGUAUUUGGGCAGGUUUCUAGGAAAAGCACUUCUAUUCUGAGGAGUAUGUCAGACGGAGUCGAAUGGGGUAAUGAAGGUGCAAGCAGUCGCGAUGGGUUGGAUAUGGAGCGAUUUCAUGAACUCGAGAGGGAAGCUCCACGAAGAAGUUAUGUCGAUGAAACUCAAAGAUACAAAUCUGUAAAAUGUCUUAAGGAUCAUGCAUUAUCAAGCUCUAGGUUAGGGCCAGUCCGAGAAUUUCCGAGUCCUACUCGGCAAAGGGAGCAACCAUGGCCUUUACGAGACGCUUCCAGUACCAUUCAAGAAAGACCAAAUAUCCUUCCUGGGAAUGGUUCAAAGUCGAGACUUGCUGAUGUCCGAGGGGAAGGCCAGGGUACCAGAAGAUCUAAAUGGUGAGUUUUCUCAUAAUUAUGGACUACCUGAUAGUUACAAAUGGAAGCAGUACAAAGUAAGGCAGGUGAAGUCCCUGGUUCGAGAAACAUUAAGAAGUUAACAUCUGGUUGAUUUAUGAUUUUACUUUCGGAAUCCCCAGUAGCAGUGCUCCAACUAGGUAGAAAUCUGCUUGAAAACAAUAAUUACUACUGAUUUUUGCUAAAGUUGUUUUAAAAUCAGUUUUAUAGAAAGUUGCGUUCAUUGAGUGAGAUUUUUCUUGUCAAAAUGCAUAUGGUAUAACUGAGUUAACCAUGCUGCAAUCAUCACAUUUUGCGUGAUUUGUGCUGCUUUUCUUAUUAAAGCUAAUUUAUUGGUAUUUAUUUA